GAAGUGGGCGGUGGGACCGGAAGUGAGAUCCGGGGCUGUAACGGCGGCGCGGCGCUCGGUGCGCGCGGUGAGGCCCGUGGACAACGACCCCGGCGCACCAUGGCCCGCGGGCGGUCCCGGAAGCGAUCCCGGAGCAGCAGCAGCCGCAGCCCCUCUGGGAGCGGACGGGAGAGGCGCGGCGCGAGGAGCGGUGCGGCCUCUCCGGGUCCCCGGCACCGGCCGAGCUCUGCGGCCGCCAGGGAAGGAAGGAAGAAGGAGGGAAGGAAGAAAAAGAAGAGGAAGGCAAACGCUUCGUCCUCUGACAGUUCGUCCUCCUCCCGCUCCUCAUCCUCCUCCUCCUCCAGUGACAGUGACACCAGAGCGAAGCGGCACGGCAGAAGGAAGCGAGGGAAACACAAAGACAAGAAGAAGAAGAAGAAGUUAAAGAAGAAAUUGAAGAAGAAGUCAAAAGAAAGAGUUAAGGAGGACAGAGGUGUGGGUGAGGCACUGCCUGGCCCUUCACUGGAGCUGUGGCAGAAGGAGCCACAGGUGGACCCCGGGCCAGUUUUGACAGAUGAGCAGAAGUCCCGGAUCCAGGCUAUGAAGCCAAUGACAAAGGAGGAAUGGGAUGCGAGGCAGAGUGUUAUCAGAAGAGUGGUGGAUCCUGAAACAGGGAGAACCAGGCUUAUUAAGGGAGAUGGAGAAGUGCUGGAGGAGAUCGUCAGCAAGGAGAGACACAAGGAGAUUAACAAGCAAGCCACCCGUGGGGAUGGGCUGGCCUUCCAGGUGAGAACGGGGAUGCUGCAGUGAGCCUGUGCUGUAGCUGUGCCAGAGACUCGUCCUGCUGCAGACACAGCCCUGGUGCACUGAUGAACUGGACCUGCAGGCAGCACCGCAUCGGUACGCUUCCCUGGGGGCAGCGUCAUUCAGUCUGUAAGUUACUGACUGGGAAGGAGAAAGACCUUAAUGGUUCAUCUCCCAUUAAACAGCUUCUCUCCUCCCUUUCAUAACUGGGGCCAGCAUGGCUGUAAUGCUGCUUGCCCUUGUGACCCUUUUAAGGCCUGAGGAGCUCAGCAGCACAGAAAUGCUGAUGCCUUAUCUCUGGGCUUUUGUUGGCAGGAGCUGGCACAGGGUCUGCAGCAGGGCUGCAACACUGACAGCUGCGUCUUCCCUUCAGGGGCUGCUUCUGGCCCUUCUUGUGCUGCUCUGUCUGCCCCAUGCACUGAGAACCUGGGGGCAGGGGUUUUGCUCACCCAUUGUGUGGAGAGGAGCCUUUGCCUUGCUCUCUUCCUGCCUUUUCCUGCAGCGUAGGCCCCAUGUGGCAGCAAGGCUCUCAGCAGCUCAGGGCCCACACCCAUAGAAGCUGUAACACAAAUGCCUGUUGUUUUCCCCCACUGCAAAGUUCAUACAUCUACAAACUUUAAAGUAAUAAAAAAAAGUGGUUAUAGGACAGACGAGUACUGCAGGACUGCUCUGCACAGAUUUCCAUGCUCUGUUUGUUGCUCUAACCCCCAUUAAAGUGGCGCCUGCUCAC